AUGGAUAUAAGAAUAUCGGAUCUGGCGAUCGAUAAGAUCGCGUCUUUGUUACAAAAUGAAGAUGAUUUGGUGAAAACAAAUCAAUUCAAAAAACAAUUUGUUCAAGAAAAAUCAACCAUCGAUAUUGAAUUGAGAUCAACUUUCCAAAACCAAAUCCAGACCACCAUGUCUGGCCUUAAAACUUUGCAACAAUCGCAGAAUCAAAUCGAUAAGAUCAAGUCGAAUUUCAACAAGAUUAGUAAAGUAUCGGUGGAGAACAAACAAUCAAUUGAGAAUUUUGAAUUGGUGAAUGAAACCAGUAAGAUUUAUGAUUUUUUCAACAAGGUUAAUAAGAUCUAUAACCAUAUUUUGCAUUUUAAUGAUGAAAUCAAGUACAUCAAUGAUUUGAUAGAUCAAGACGUGGGAGCUCAUGUCGAAGACAACGAAGACGAUAUUGAAGACAAAGUAAUUAUUGACACGGAUAUGACGCUACCUAAUUUAUUCAAGAUUCAUUACUGCCUAAACAAAUUGAGAGAUAUGAAGGAUCAGUUAGAUGAAUACGCAGAUAAUGUUUCCAAUGAUUACAAAUCGAUCAUCACAAAAUUAUUUUAUCCAUUAAAAUAUGCAGUCAUGAAAUUUGAUAAAAUCUUGGAGGAAAUCAUCUCUAUGUUGAUUGAAAGUUGUAAAGAAAAUAAUGUUGAAUUGAUUUUGAUCUUGAUUAAAAUUUUGGAUGUCGAAGAAAGGGAGGAUUUGAAAAUCAAUUGUACUUUAACAAUUGUUGAGCAUCGAGUAUUGGGGUUGAUUAAGAAGAGUAUGGAAGAUCAAGGGAUGAAAUACACCAUUGCUUCGAAGAUUGAUGAAGGUUCUAAUAAUAAAAAUCGUACCAACAAUCCCCAAAAAUUAAAACUAACUUUUCAACAACAACAAAUUUAUGACAAGAAUUUUGCGAAUAUCAAGAACCAACUCAUGCAAAACAAUUCAAUAACCAGAUUGAAGCCAAGAAACUACUUGGAUUGGUUUUUCAAGAUUUUGGAAAAAUCGGUUGCAGAAACUUUCAGCAACUGUGAUGAACAUUUCCGUGACAAAGCAAAAGAUGAACCCGGUCUAUAUUUUGAAAUAUUGGAUAAUCUAGAAUGGAUCUUUGAUGAUUUAAACAUGGUGAAAAACUUCAUUGAUAUUAAUUUAGUGCCAAAACGCUGGAACUUCUUCCAAAAAAUAUUCGAUAUAUACACCAGAAAUUGUCAGAAAUUAUUAACCAAUAUUAUAGAUAUGGAACCAGAAACAUUAAUUAUUUUAAGUAUUUUGGAUUACGAUAAAAAAUAUGGCCAAUUUCUCAAGGAGAGUUUGGCAUUUAAGAAAAGUGAAAUAAAAUCCGUCAUUGGUGAUGAUCAAAAGGAAAAAUUGUUACAAGACUAUAUGGGGUUGAUUGUGGGCAAGAUGAAAGAUUGGAUGUUCAAUCUCAAACGGACUGAAGAAGAUGUGUUCAUCAAAAGAGAAGCCCCACCAGAUACCGACGAAGAAGGGUUACUCGGGUUCGAAGGUUCCAAUGUGGUGUUCAGAAUGUUCAUUCAACAAGCCGAUGUUGCCGCUGGAUCAGGUCAAGGAAGAAUUUUGGCUGGAGUUAUUGGGGAUUUCUGUACGAUUUUAAUUGAUCGUCAGAAAAGUUGGAGCGGUUUAGUUCAGUCCGAAGUGCAAAAACUAUUACAGUUUAAUCAUGAAGAAUCCCAAGAAGAGGGCUUCCCAGGCGGUUUACUUGAAUAUAUUGUAGCAUUGGCCAACGAUCAAAUUCGUGGCGCUGACUUCAUUGAGUCAAUGAAAUCGAAAUACAUUAAAAUGGUCUCCAAGAAAUACUCUUCAACAAUGGACGAGAAUUUGGAUAAUGUCGUGGAAGGUUUUAUCAACUCAUCCAAAGAAUGUUUGGAAACUUUGAUAGCCAUCAUGUUUGAUGAUUUGACAGGACCAUUCAAGCAAAUAUUCACUAAGGAAUGGUAUAAUGACAGCGGUCACCAAGCUAAGCAAAUCUGUGAUACUUUAAUGGAGUAUAUUUCCGAUAUCCAACCGUUGAUGAAUCCGUUAUUGUUUGAUAUUAUAAUUGAAAAUAUUGUUGACGAGUUAUUGAUCAAGUAUUUGGGGGCCCUAGAUAAUAAACACAUACACUCUAAUUUCAGCAGUCAAUCAAAGAAAUUAAAAAUCAUUGAAAAAAUCAAAUUGGACGUUUCAAUUUUCUUCCCAACAUUCGACCAGUUCUAUGAGGGUCUUGAAGGGAAAUUUAGAAUCGUUGAAUAUUUGAUUGAUUUCAUCUACUUGGAUAGUGAAGAGGAGAUCGUUGAAAAGUUCAAAGAAUUGGUAAUUGAUUUCAGUGAUGUGCCAAUCGAUUUCAUUGGUAAAAUCAUGAAGGCCAAAAAGCUUGAUUCCAAAAAGGCGGAUUUCAUAAUGGAAGAAUGUAACAAUGCUAAGAAUGAGUACUUAUCACAAUUGACAGAUCCUAUCCCAACCUUCAUGGAAAGGUUGAGUUUUGAUAGAAAGAAAUGA